AUGAAUCAUUCUACACCUUUUCAACAAACUUUUCGUCAACCUUUUCAAUGCCGCGGCGUAGGGCUGCACUCAGGACAAUCUUCGGAAAUGACGCUGGAGCCUGCACCUCAAGGACAUGGUAUUGUUUUUGAGCGAAGCGAUUUGGAGGGCAAGCCAAAAAUCCACGCCCGCUUUUCCAGUGUCGUGAAUACAUUCAUGUGCACCCAAUUAGGAAACAAUCAAGGCGCCACAGUUGCCACCAUUGAACAUCUUAUGGCAGCCUUGGCAAUAUGUAGAGUUGAUAAUGCAUUGGUUAGGCUGCAAGGACCAGAAAUACCUUUUAUGGAUGGGAGUUCUCUUCCUUUUAUUCAUAUGAUAGAAGCUGCUGGGCUGGUGGAGCAAUCCACGCCUCGAUCUUUCCUGCGCGUCCUGAAGGAUGUACGACUUGAAGGGACAGAGGGACGAUUCGUACAACUCUCUCCUGCCGAAGCGUUCUCAGCACACGUGUCUUUCGAUUUUGGUGGCAGACAGGGGAUGGGGGAAUACAUAGGUUAUUUUUCAGGAGGACUGGAUGCCUUUAAAAAUGAUAUUGCCUCUGCCCGAUCUUUUGGUUUUUAUGAAGACGCGCAGAAGCUUUAUGAUAAGGGGCUGUCUUUAGGAGCUUCUCUGGAGAAUACUGUUGUCAUUGAUAAUGGGAAAGUCAUGAAUCCGGACGGUUUGCGCUUUGAUGAUGAAUAUGUACGUCAUAAAAUCCUGGAUGCCGUCGGUGAUCUAUAUCUUGCGGGUGCCCCUCUUCAGGCCGCUUAUACGGCCCAUAAUCCCGGUCACGAAUGGCAUCAUAGAUUAUUGCAGGCUUUAUUUUCUGAUCCUUCGGCAUGGAGACAUGAAAUAAGAGAGAGCUAA